AUGGCUCAAAUUGCUGAGGAUACAAGAUAUUCAGAGGAAUUUCCAAUGGCCGGAGAAGUUGUGAGCAACUGCCAGAGCAUUUUGGACGGAAGAUGCGAAGAAAUGGAUCGGCGUCGAGGGCCUCACGUGUUCAUCAUCUCGAUAUCGAUGAUCUACUGGCUCAAGUCAUCGGACGCGUGGAAGCUGGACACGAGGGAUAUGCAGCUGUACACAAGUCAGGACAUCCUGUACUCGUGCCCACUCAAUCCCAUGUGCCAGUGCGCAAGUCUCCCCAACGAGACCUCUUUAUUUCAAAUUAAUUGCAAUGAGGUUUCACUCUAUAAAUUUCCUGUCUUUCUGCACAACAGUGUCCGCCACAUUCAGAUCUCGCAGACACAUCUGCAGAACGUUGACGAGGAAACUUUUCAAGGAUUACGACUGGAGUCGCUGAAGCUUGUCAACAACGAUAUUCAUGAAAUCUUGGAAAAAAGUUUCAAUUCGAUGACACAUUCUCUAAUAACACUGGACAUGUCGGGCAAUUCAUUACACUCGCUGUGCCUCGAGGCUCUGCACAACAUCCAGACGCUGACCCGCCUGGUAGCACAACGGAACCACAUCGAGGAGCUGGAUGGCAAUUGGGGCAGCCUGACGGAAUCACUGCGAAGUCUGCACAUAUCUGGCAAUUCAAUAACUGAACUCUCGUCGCCCUACGAUGAGCGAAAAAUCAAUGGCACACAAUCGCUAGUGAGCGCCGCAUCGGUAUCAACGAGGACAUUUGCCAAAUUAAGGAAGCUCGUAUGGUUAAAUCUCAGCGAAAACCGCCUAUCGUAUGUCGGUGUCAAUUCGCUGCCCAGAUCUCUGGUCACUUGCGAUUUCUCGCGAAAUGUGCUCACAGUCUUUCCAGUGGGAGCCUUUGAGCAUCUGCACGAUAUCAAGAUAAUAUCGCUGAAGGACAAUCUGCUGACUAGCGUGGAUGGAGUCGAGUUCGCUAACAGAGUCCAUCUGGAGAAGCUGGAUCUCAGCUUCAACGAAAUCACUUCCGUACCCAGCCAAAUGUUCAAUGGGAGCAUCAGAUCCAAGGCUAUCAAUCUGGAGAACAAUUUCCUCGUGAAUCUACCAUCGGCAGCUUUCAGGGGCACUUCAGCUGUUCACGUUGUCCUGGCCUUCAAUAACAUCGCGUCAGUUGAUAGCGAGGCUUUCGCAGGGCUUGAGAACACCCUCGAAUAUCUGGAUUUGGAGCGCAAUCAUCUAACAAACCUAUUCGAAGGCCUAGAAACCCUCAACCGAAUGCGAUACCUUUAUUUAACAGCCAAUGAGAUAAACCACGUCUCUCAUUUGCCACCAACUCUAAAGGUUCUCUCCCUCAGCAGCAACAACUUCACCAGUAUCCCAACUGAAGGACUUCAGAACUGUACGGACCUGUCCUAUCUAAAUAUGGGCUACAACAAGAUCUCUGAUCUGCCUGAGAAUGGGUUCGUGUCCUGGGGAUCUGAACUCCAGACUCUACUGCUGAGGAACAACAAAAUAACUAUGCUCAACUACGGAUCGUUCAAUGGACUGGAGUCCAUCAAAGAGAUCAGCUUAAGCUUCAAUGACAUUCACUACGUCCAUCCAAGUGCAUUCGUCAACAUCUCAAAGACACUCAAGAUCCUGGAACUGUCUUUUGGAAUCUACCGCGAAGACAUACCGCUCGAAGCUCUAAAUCCUCUAACUGAACUCAUGUGGUUGGGUCUGGACAACAACAACCUCAAGCUCAUUCCCGACGAUUCACUUAUCUCGCUCAAAGAACUGACCUUCAUCAACAUCGCUUAUAAUCGCAUUACUGUCCUCCCGCGGACAAUCUUCGUCCCUGAAAUUCACAAGAACCUGAUGGAUGUUGAUGCUUCCUACAAUGUUAUUGAGAGGCUCUUCACCAACACCUUUGACGAACUCAUAAUGCUGCAGUUUGUCAAUCUGGCGUCCAACAACAUUCGUCAUCUUGAGCGUCACUGCUUCCACAACUUACCCUUCCUCACCUAUAUUGAUCUGUCUUACAACAACUUGAGGAACGUCACUGAGGCUGCUUUCGCCUUCUUGCCAAAUCUCCUAGCACUAGAUCUUAUGUUCAACAGUCUCACGUCCUUCUCCCUCAAGGCGUUCAGGCACGUCUCCAACUCCAGUACUCCUAUGCGUCUCAACAUCAGUCACAACGAAGUGACGUUGUUCGAGGGUGAGUUGAGUUCCUAUCUGUACGUGCACACUUUGGAUGCCAGCCACAACUUCCUGACAGAUCCUGGGGUGUUUCACAACCUCGGACAGAGUCUUAGGAAGCUCCAUCUGCAGAACAACAACAUAUCAUUCCUCACUAAUCACGCUUUCGGCGAUCUGGAUGUGCUAGAUUGCUUGAAUCUGUCCAGCAACAACAUCAGCACUCUGCGAAGAAGAAGCUUCCAGGGACUCAUGAACUUGCAAGAACUGGACCUCAGUGACAAUCGCAUUGAGCAACUGCAAUUUGAGCAGUUUGGCUUCCUGAAGAAGCUCAGAGUGCUCAAUUUGAAGGGUAAUAGAUUGAAGUCGCUGCCUAGAGAUGCUUUCGUAAACACUAGAAUAGAGUUUCUGGACAUGUCAGAGAAUUUUCUGGGUUUGUGGCCAGCAAACACCUUCUCCGACAUCGGAUUCACACUGCGCUCUAUUCGACUGGAUGGGAACCAGGUUGAAUACCUAGAUGCAACGAUGUUCAGCAAUACGAACUUCCUCCUAGAGUUGCGACUAGCGCACAAUCGUAUCACUGUCCUGCCCGAUAACACCUUCAGUCACCUGCCGAAUCUCACAACUCUCGACAUCAGUUUCAACCCACUCGUGUCCACUAACUUCAAAGAGCUUCUCCUGCACCUGCCCAGCCUACGUAGAUUGAGUCUCCGCUCGACUGGGCUGUACACUCUGCCGCCCAUGGUGGCACAAUCUAGACUCACCGAGCUGGACAUCAGUCAGAAUCACAUCCAAGAUAUGUCCUCGCUGAGAGAUGCUCCGCAGUUGCGGGUCCUCCACGUGGCCUACAACAAGAUCGUCAAUUUAACGCACUUCGGGAAGUACGUGCCCCAAAGACUGAGGGUCCUGGAUUUGUCUGGGAACCCCAUCAGGAAGGUGUCUGUGCACGAUUUCGCCCAGAUUCGCUUCCUCGACGAGCUCUCCAUUGAAGGUGUGAAGCUGCCCGUGGACGCUUUCUCGUUGAUGCGCAACCUGCGAGUUCUGCGCGCUACGUCGCAGUAUCACCUUGGGGAGAUCAUCUCUCGGACGAGGACAAUCCGGGAGCUCUAUGUCACCGUCCUCGAGGAGCACAUCCACGAGCGCUUGUUCGAGCGGGCGAUCAAUGCCACCAAGAUCAACUUGCUGGACGUCAGAGGCCCGCGUGCCAAGACAAUCUCACCGAAUGCCUUUAACGGCUUCGCUCGCAGCCAGGAUCUCACUAUUCGACUGCGCAAUACACUUAUCAAUGACCUGCCACCGGGACUGUUCUACGCUCUGAAGUACGUGCCGCGGCUCAAGAUUGACAUAUCAAAUAAUCUGCUGGCCACGCUGUCUCCGGACACUUUCUAUCCCAACGCCAGCGCCUGGGAUGCCGUGGGAACGAGGAGCAUCAUUGGGGGAUUGGACGUCUCGGGGAAUCCCCUGCAGUGCGACUGCGGCCUGGUUUGGCUGGGUCACUGGCUCAGACGCUGGCUGAGGGAGACGGUCCAGAUUCACCUGGUGACGAAGGAUGAGCAGCAAAUUAUGUCCAGACAAGCGAGAGGUAGCACUUGCCUGGAUCCGAUAAGUGGUAAGAAAUUGACUUUCCUGGAGAUCUUCCCCGAGGACUUACUGUGUCACGCCAGUGCACUCAGUAGCUUCGCACCUCGAUUCAGUCGACAGUCACCGAGACAUUUGCUGGGUCUGCACACCCUUCCCGCCCUCCUGCUCAUCAUCUAUUUUUUAAUACUGUAAACUGUGAGGAAAUUGACUUAAUUAGCAAAUAUCCAAUAAUUAUACAUAGGAGAGAACUUUUUUGUACCAUCGACCCUACGAGUGAAUGUACAUAGGAUAAAUUAAUUGGGCCACUUUUUUUCACCAAAUGGUCCAAUAUUUGUAUAAAAGAAAUACACACGAAGAUUGGGGAAAAAUUAUUAAUAAGGGGACGCGCGGCGUCGGGUUGAACCUAUAAGACGGCGUAGAUAAGGAAGAGAGGGUAGAGAGACCUACGUAAUGAAAAAUCUACACUUCAUACUUUGUAAUUUAAAUUUAUUUUUUUCCACAGCCCCGAACGUGGGGGCGGAAAUAAUUUCGCCCAUUCCCCGGAUGUUGCCUCUUUUUUUAAGCAUUGCAAAGUUAAGACCAGAGCCUCUGUGGUUUGUUUGUCAGCCCCCCGACCACUCUAGCCUGAGGGCGAAAUGGGAAAAAUUGUUCUCCAUAUCAACUGGUAUUCCGACAAGGGGUAGUAACUAUGCGAAUUUAUGCGAGUGUAGGAGAAAAUGUUCAAUUGAACUUCAAGCUGAAAACAAGACAAGAUAGAGGGAGUCAAAUUUGGUCACUGACUUCCUAUGACCUUUUCUAUUUCGUGUAUUUACUUCAAGAUUUACUUUGCAAGUUCUGUGAAAACUUUUGGCCAUUUACAGCAGUUGAGAGAUUGUCUUUGGCGAAUCUUACUAAACAUUGACACCUUGUUGUGAAUAAAGUGAAAUGAAAUUUUCCCGAAUUGGAUUCAGAAGGGAGAAAGAACCAACAAAAUCAUAGUACGUUCCA